AUGUUGGAGAACCUGAUGGGGAUCCAGGAAGCCAUCGAGCAGGCUACCAAGAGUAAUGAGAUCCUGGGCAUCUCAGACCCCCAGACCCUAGCCCAUGUUCUGAUGGCUGGGAUGCAGAACUCCUUGAAUGACCCUCAUCUGGUCAUUCCCCAGCAAGUUACAACACUCACCAACCUCACACAAGAGAAACUGCUUGCUGGGCUGCAGAAAAGCAUCCACCACAAUGUUCUGGAGGGCAAUGUGGGCUACUUGCAGGUAGAUGACAUCCUGAGCCAGGAGGUAGUAAGCAAACUUUGGGGCUUCCUGGUGGCCAAUACUUGGAGAAAACUCAUGGGGACUGCCUUGGUGCUAGACCUCUGGCACUGCACUGGAAACCAUGUUUCUGGCAUCCCAUAUGUCAUCUCCUAUCUGCACCCAGGAAACACGGUCCUGCAUGUGGACACCAUCUAAGACCACCCCUUCAAUACAACCAUUGAGAUCUGGACCCUGCUCCAGGUCCUUGGAGAGAGGUACAGUGCUGACAAGGAUAUGGUGGUUCUCACCAGUGGCAACACCAGAAAAGUGGCUGAGGACAUUGUUUACAUUAUUUAGAUGUACAGCACCAUGGUGGUGGAGGAGUGGACUGUGGGGGGUGCCCCAGACCUCCAGAAGCUGAGGAUAGGCAAGCUUGAUUUCUUCUUCUCCAUGCCUGUGUCCAGGUCCUUGGAGCCCUUGGGUGGGGGACCAGCUAAGUAGGCCCUCAAGAAGGCCCUGGCCAUCCUCACACUGUGCAGCAUCCUGCCAGAAGUCAUGAGGAGCCUGCAGAAGGCCCUGCAAGACUACUACACCUUGGUGGACCGCGUGCCUGCCCUCCUGCACCACCUGGCCAGCAUGGACUUCUCCAUGGUGGUUUCUGAGGAGGAUCUGGAUGAGCUCAACGCUGGUCUGCAGGCUGAGUCCUGGGACCCAAGGCUCCUGGUGUGGCCCAUCAUACUCAAAGAAACCUCUUCUGGGUCUGAGGCUGGAGCCAAUGACCUCCCAGAAGUUGCCCCAGCAGUCCCAGAGGAUGAGGUUUCCCGGCAGGCUCUGGUGGACUCCAUGUUCCAUGUGUCGGUGCUGCCGGGCAAUGUGGGCUACCUGCGCUUUGACAGAUUUACUGAUGCCUCUGUGCUGGGGAUACUGAACCCAUACAUUCUGCUCCAGGUGUGGGAACCUCUGCAGGUUGUGCCCCUGCUGCUGUCUUACUUCCAGGGCCCCAAGGCCAGCCCUGUGUGCCUCUUCACCACCUACGAUUGCCAUACCAAUGUCACAGAGCUGCUGGGCCAGCGCUAUGGUUCCCAGCAUGGGAUAUACCUGCUCACCAGCCACCACACCACCAGGGCUGCUGAGGAGCUGACCUUCUUAAUGCAGUCUCUGGGCUGGACCAGGCUGGUAGGUGAGAUCACUGCAGGCAGCCUGCUUCACACCCACAUGGUGCCCCUGCUGGAGACAUCAGAGGGUGACCUGGCACUCAUGGUGCCUGUGUUCACCUUCAUCAACAAUCACAGUGAGUGCUGGCUGGGGGGUGGGGUGGUGAUGCCUAAUGCUACUGUGCCAGCUGAGGAGGCCCUGGGCAUAGCCCAGGAAGUUCCGGAGUUCCACCACAGUCUGGGGACCUUGGUAGAGGGCAUGAGAUGCCUGCUGGAGGCCCACUGUGCACAGCCAGAGGUUGUUGGGCAGACAGAAGACCUGCUAUGAGCCAAGCUCACCCAGGGGGCCUACUGCACAGCCGUGGACCUGGAGUCCCUGGCGUUCCAGCUCACGGCCGACCUGCAGGAGAUGUCUGGGGACCACUCUCUGUUGGUGUUCCUCAGCCCUAGUGAUCUGGUGGCAGAGGAGGUCCCCCCACCACCCCCUGCCAUUUUCUUCCCAGAGGAUCUCUCCUACUUCACUGAGGCCCUGUUGAAGAUAGGGAUGCUGCCUGGCCAGCUGGGCUAUUUGCGUUUUGAUGGCAUGGCCCAGCUGGAGACAGUAAAAGCCAUUGGGCUACAGCUGGUGCAGCUGGUGUGGCAGAAUGGUGGGUACGGCUGCAUGGUUGUUGAUCUGCGCUACAACCUUGGCAGCUCCACGGCUGUGCCCCUGCUCUGCUCCUACUCUUUUGUGGCAGAGCCCCACCGGUCUGUCUUUGACAGGGCCAUCUCGAUGGAGGUAUGGACUCUGCCCCAGCUGGCUGGCCAGCGCUAUAGCCCCCACAAGGACCUCUAGAACCUGAUGAGCCACACCAGUGGGUCAGUAGCUGAGGCUUUUGCUCACACCAAGCUGGACCUGCUGUGGGCCACAGUCAUCGGGGAACCCACAGCUGGAGGGGCGCUCUCUGUGGGCAUCUACCAAGAGGGCAACAGUCCCUAAUAUGCCUCCAUGCUCAUGAAGAUGGCCCUGAGUGCCAGGACAGGCAAGGCCUAGGACCUGGCAGGGGUAGAGCCUGACAUCACUGUGCCCAUGAGUGAAGCCCUCUCCACAGCCCAGGACAUAGUGGUCCUGCAUGCAAAUGUGCUCACUGUGCUACAGACAACUGGGAAGCUGGUCGCCGAUAACUUCACCUCUCUUGAUCUGGGGGCCAGGAUGGCAGCCAAACUUAACCAUCUGCAGAGCCGCUAUUCGAGGGUGACCUCUGAAGGGACCUUGGCUGAGAUACUGGGGGCUGAUCUGUAGGUGCUGUCUGGGGACCCACACUUGAAGACAGCCCAUAUUCCUAAGGACUGCAUUCCUGGGAUUGUGCCCGUGCAGAUCCCUUCCCCUGAAGUCUUUGAAGACCUGUUCAAGUUCUCCUUCCACACAAAUGUGCUUGAGGACAAUGUUGGCUAUUUGAGGUUUGAUAUGUUUGGACACUGUGAGGUGCUCACCCAGGUGUCAGAAUUGCUAGUGGAGCAUAUGUGGAAGAUGAUUGUGAACACGGAUGCCAUGAUUAUUGACAUGAGGUUCAACAUUGGUGGCCCCACGUCCUCCAUCUUUGCCCUGAGCUCGUACUUCUUUGAUGAAGACCCAUUCAUUCUGCUGGACAAAAUCAAUAGCCAGCCAAAUGACUCUGUCAGUGAGCUCUGGACACACACCCAGCUUGCAGGUGAACACUACGGCUCCGAGGAGAGAGUGGUCAUUCUAACCAAUGGUGUAAUGGCCAGCUCAGUGGAGAAAUUCACCUAUAUCAUGAAGAGGCUGGGCUGUGUGUUGGUCAUUGGGGAGGUGACCAGUGGGGUCUGCCAGCCUCCACAGACCUACCACAUGGAUGACACACACCUCUACAUCACCAUCCCCAUGGCCCGUUCAGUGGGGGCUACUGAUGGCAUCUGGGAAGGGGUGGUGGGCAUAGUGCCCCAUGUGGCUCUCUCUGAGGAGGCAGCCCUCACCAGAGCCAAGGAGAUGUUUCAGCACACUCUGAUGAGAGCAAGUUGGAGACUUGGCCAGCAGGGUGCAGGGUUUCCAUGGGCAGAGCCCUGA